AUGAAAGGACCAGGCGGCCGGGACCCGGAGCUCCCCAGCCAGGGCGCGCAGCUCAGGCCUCUGCGUCCCAGGUGCCUCCCAGCACCAGGCAUCCCUGCCAGGGGUCCCGGAUGCCCAGAGCACUCCAAGGAGGAGAGACAAGAGAGGGGGGCCAGGGCGGGCACUCACCCGCCCACAGCCUGGCUGCGCGUUCGCAGAUCCCGGGAGAAGGCGGAGCCCGGGCCCCGGCCCCGCCCCCAUGCCCUCCCCAAUCCCCCCCUCCUCCCGCCCCCCCGCCUGCCGGAGGGGUGCGGUGAGGCAGACAUCCGAGGGCAGCUGGGACCCCCUGACUCAGCCGGCGGAGCGCAUUUCGGCGGGAUCUCCCAGCGACCCUUACCCGGUUCUCUGGACCCCCGCUUCCCGCCCCACAGCGCCCCAUCCUGGUGCCCAAGAAAGGUCAUCCUAGUUCCCCUCUUCUUGAUCUCAAAGGAGGAGGUGAAGAUGAGGCGGUUUUGCCGGCGUAACCCCUACUCCGCCGCAGAUCCGGGGCUGAUCUCGCCGGCAGCAAAUGCGGCGAGCUGCGCAGCAGCCCGGGACGGGGAGGCGGGGCGCGGGUCCAGGCGCCGGGAGGGAGCCCCAGAAACUUCCACCCCGGCCCUGCUCCAGCCGCUCUCCUCCUUUGCCCAGGCUGGGAAGGGCACAGAGGACCCCGGCGCCGGCGAGCUGUGCGCGGCCCUCUCUCCGCGCCAGGGCACUCGGACGCCACCGCCAGUGGGAGCGCAGCCGGGACCCCGUCAGUGGGAGCGUAGGAGGCCCCUGGUCCUCUCGCCAGCGUUCGGACGGGCGCUCGCGGAAAACAACAGGUCCCCCAGCGCCUGCCUUCCACCCUCCGCCCACACCCCCAGCUCGCCUGCCGCUGGAGGGGCCUCAUCCCAGGUGCCUUUGGAAGCUGCACCUUGCCCGGCUUCAAAACAAGUGUUCUUUUUAUGCAAAGGAAAACAACCAAAUAAAGGUCCUAAGCGCUCCACCUUCACGCAGCAAAGAAUUUCAACAGCAGCGAGGGAAAGGCCGAGAGCGGGCGAGGGAGAGGGAGUAACUGCAGCUCUAGGCACCCAGGGGCCCCAAGCGCCACUGCGAGGUGUAUGGCUGUGGGAGACCAGCAUAUGCCACCCCAAAAUAUACUUCUUCGGCAUUUUUUGAGGGGAUUAUUCUUAGAAACUGCAGGCACAGGAGUAGCUCUGAAAAGCUGUCUUUUUGUAAAAUGAUUUUUAUCUGCAAAGAAAAUCUCCAGGCCUGGCGCUGUGGCUCACUCCUGCUACCCCAGCGCUUUGGGAGGCCGAGGUGGAAGGAUCGCUUGAGCCCAGAAAUUCGGGCCAGCCUGAGCAGCAUAGGGAGACCCUGUCUCU